AUGCUCUAUUUUCGUGAGCGAGUCGUGGCAAUACCCUCUGCCGUAGAGGGAUCCGAGUACUCAAGAUGGGCCGGGCUGCGUCUCCCACCCCUCUACAGCCAGUACCACCAGAAUGAGCUCCGCCUUCCCCAGCACCACUGGCACGCAACGUCUCAUGAGGGCGAGCCCAAGUUCUUCUUCGUUCCCGGACACAGCCGAGGCUCCGGAUGGGGCAACAUCAUGCAGGAGAUCUUGCUUAAUGCAUUUCUUGCCCACAAGUCGAAUCGAGCAUUCGUCUUCUACAAUUACACUUGGAAUGACAAUCCUAGCGAAGACUAUGCGGACUUCGCAGGGAAGCCCAUCCCCUCCCGCAUUCCCCUGUCCGCGCUCGUUGCCGGACCUCUCGUCGGCGGAGCAUUCCCUCCUGGCCAGCACGCACCUCUGGCGAUAGCGGAGGAAUACUACCGUACUGUUUGUGACGGUCGCAAGGUGGUGCUCGAUCGCGAUGAAAUGGACAAGAAGGCCAGGAGUUGGAUGGUCGAGCCCAUCACCACGGCCUGGCUAGAGAAGCUAAACACAGUCGACGACCAGUGCGUGGAGGUGGCGCAAGGCCAAGGCCCGAUCUACAACUGGAUCACCUUCGGCGACCGCCACGCGAUGCACGAUGCCUGGGCAGACUUCGCCGCGUCCCCGAUCGUGACGCACUUUCGGUGGUCCGCGCUCGUCGAGCUCGCGUUCGACAACAACCGCGAGGUGAUCGCCCCCACGGCCGUCUUCGAGCCGCCGCUCUCGACGGUGCCCUACACGUCCAACGCGGAGCGCUACACCGCGCUCGCCGGCCUCCUCGUCCUCCACCUCCGCCGCGGCGACUACGAGGGCCACUGCGAGCACCUCGCGAAGUGGUCCUCGUCCUACCUCGCGUUCAACGGCCUCCCGGCGCUGGAGCAGUUCGACCCGCCCGAGGGCGGCAGCUGGGGCGAGAACACGCCCGAGAACGUCGCCGUCUACCGCGCGCACUGCCUGCCGGACAUCGCGCAGAUCGUCGCCCGCGUGCGCGCGGUGCAGCGCGCGGACGCCGCGCGGGGGCUGCAGCACGUGUACGUCAUGACGAACGGCGCGGUGGAGUGGGUCGAGGAGCUCAAGCGCGCGCUGCGGGCGACGGGCCAGUUCACGCACGUCGCGAGCAGCCGCGACCUCGUGCUCAACUGGGAGCAGAAGUACGUCGCGCAGGCGGUGGACAUGCUCGUCGGCCAGCGGGCGCAGGUCUUCAUCGGGAAUGGGUGGUCGAGUUUGACUGGCGGCAUCGUCGUCAUGCGACAGGCCAAUGGGUUCCACCCCGAUACUACACGAUUCUUCUAG